AUAAGGUUUUCUAUGAGGAGUCGUGCAUAAUGCGCACACUUGAAGGAAACAGCACGGCCGUUUUUCUCAGUUGCUGCACUUGUUUAAAGAUCAACGCCAUUUUCAUUCAUGCAGGCUGCGCUUACUCAGCAAACUGUCUUCAUCGUGGCUUCAUGUUCCCCUCUUAGGCUGGGGACAAUCUUCCAAAUGGGAAAUUGUGAGUUUGUAAUAAUAAAUGUUAUUUUAGAGAUUUUUGUCCUAAAACGGAGAGAGGGGAGACGUAUAUAUGGGCAGCCUGGCCAUUAUUGAUUGGCUCAUCCAGUUUGGCUGACGCUUUAAACCGUGUUUAAACCCCGCCCCUGCCCUGGGAUGUGCGUCUGUCCGUGGCACCAGUCUGAUUCACUGAGUCCAUCACCAUCAUAUUCUCAGACCACUGGAUCCUCUGGGGUUUCUUAUUAGUGACCGUGCGCCAUAGGGGAAUCAUUUUACGCACGAGCAUUUGGGCGACUGUGAAGAGUCUUUGUCCGCCUGUUGCGCCAUGGAGAACUCAAGCCUGCUGGGUGGGGACGCACAAAAUACUGGCUUGAUAGACUUUCUAAUAUCAGACACUUUGAAGCAAGUCGUGGAUUCUCCGGAGGAGGGAGUCAUGGCCGGACUGGAAGUGGACAGUGGUGCCACCUCUAUUGAAGACAACGCAUUCAGGACUGCGCCGACGGAACCCUCUCACCUGAUUCCUGCCUUUUGGGAUUCCCCGCUCAGCCACGGAGUCAAUGUAUUUGUGGGACUUGUCCUUUGCUUUACUAUGCUGGGGCUGGGCUGCACGGUGGAGGUUAGCCAGCUUGGAGAACAUAUCCGCAGACCCAUCGGGGUGCUGCUGGCUCUGGUGUGUCAGUUUGUUAUCAUGCCCUUGGUGGCCUUUCUGUUGGCUUUAGCCUUCUCUCUGGAUGAAGUGGCGGCGAUAGCUGUUCUCCUCUGCGGCUGCUGCCCUGGAGGAAACUUAUCAAAUAUCAUGUCUCUGCUGGUGAACGGAGAGAUGACUCUGAGCAUCAUCAUGACCAUAUCGUCCACUCUGCUGGCGCUCGUGUUGAUGCCUCUGUGUCUAUGGAUCUACAGCCGGGCCUGGAUCAACACACCUGUGGUCAACCUCAUGCCCUUCGGGGCCAUAAUCCUGACCCUGUGCAGCACUCUCAUCCCCAUUGGUUUGGGAGUUAUGCUGCGAUACCGCCACACGCGUGUGGCCGACAUUGUUUUAAAGGCCUCCCUGUGGUCUCUGCUGGUCACCCUUGUGAUGCUGUUCAUCUUGACUGGAGCGAUGCUGGGACCGGAGCUCCUGUCCACCAUCCCGCCCUCCGUCUACAUGGUGGCUGUCCUGAUGCCUCUGUGCGGCUACGCUGCAGGUUACGGCCUGGCUGUGCUCUUCGACCUGCCGCCCAACAGCCGCAGGUCGGUGUCUCUGGAGACUGGGUGCCAGAAUGUGCAGCUGUGCACAGCCAUCCUGAAGCUAGCCUUCCCCCCUCAACUCAUUCGAGGGAUGUACAUGUUCCCGCUGCUGUAUGCCCUGUUCCAAGCAGCCGAGGCCGGCGUCUUCAUCCUGGUCUACAGGAUGUACAGGAAGGAGAUUCUGCACAAACCAGAUCCCAAGGGGGACGGCGAGGACACGGAUAUAACAUAUCAAAGGUUUCACAAUGAUGAGGACUUGGACUCAUCUUAUGGUGCUGUGACUGUGAGUGGCCCAAACACCAUCGUGUUGGACCCGUGUCCUCCUGAUCCAGCUCCUGUUUAAUGUGCACAUUUAAAAUGUAUACAGAUGUAGUGGAGCAGAAUAAGACCUGAUCUCUGUCACUGCAGGGAAAUCCUGAAUGUUUAACACUGAUCCGACUGCUGACAAUGGUGCUUCGUAUAAAGCUUCGUACAUUGCCUGAUUCACCAACGUGUUUAAAACAUUCCUGUUACUUAUAAAGUGAAAAUUACACCUUCAAAGCAAGAGCAGUGUGUGCGUAUGUGUGUGUGUGUGCGUGCGUGUGUGUGUGUGAGAGAGAGAUACACACACAGACGAAACUACAUAUCAGAAUGUGCAUGUGCAGAACCACGCAGUGCCAGCCAGUGUCUGUGCUCCAUAGACAGAACUAACGCAACCAAAUGUAUCAAGGAAAUAAAAGAUGUACAGAAUAAAACGAAAAGUUGAAUACCUUCGCUACGUGUU